GAUGUUAGGAAUACUGAGAUGUAAUGGUUGCUGGGAUGUAAGGAAUGCCGUGAUAUAAGGGUGCAGAGAUAUAGUGGAAUCAGAGAUAUAAAGGGUGCAGACGAAACAGGUAGAUCUGCACCCCUCGUCACUCGCCAGUGUGAGAUGUGGUAAAGGUGAAAUUGUUUUAGCGGCAAAUGAAAAACUGUGAAAUAGAAUAACAGAAGCACAGUACACAAAGAAUAUUCCCAUGCCGAGAAUCGUUGCAACAUGUUUGUGGAAGAUUUAGAAAGAGGAUUUUAUCGUUUGAUAAGAGAUGAUAGAUGUCUGCUGUUAGUUAAUUUUGAUGUUGACGCUAUUUGUGCUUGUCGAAUCUUGCAGCAACUUUUUAAAAAUGAUAACAUGAUAUAUACGCUUAUACCUGUUCAGGGUGUUCAAGACAUGGUCCAUGCAUUUGAAGAACAUUGCGAAGAGAUAAAGAAUGUUAUUUUUAUAAAUUGCGGUGGUACAUUAGAUCUAGUAGAAUUACUACAGCCUGCAGAGUCUGUGAUAUUUUAUGUUCUCGAUAGUCAUAGGCCCUAUGAUUUAUGUAAUAUAUAUUCUGAAAGUCAAGUGUGUAUACUUGGAAAGGCUGAUGAAGAUGAAGAAAUUCCAGAAUAUAAUGAAGUCUUUAGAGAUGAUUCUUCUGAUGAAAAUGAUAGCGAGGAGGAAACAGAUGAAACUCAAAGAAAACGGCGAAGAUUAAACGAAGAGGAUAUUAUUAAAAGGGUCGAACGAAGAAAGUGGUCCGAAAAGCGAGCAACUAUUUUAUUUAAUUAUACACAGUAUAGUUAUUAUGGCAGAUCAAGUGCAAUGCUCGUUUUUGACAUGGCAUGGAAUAUGUCGAAAGAUAAUUUGGAUAUGGUUUGGUGGGCAAUAGUUGGCUCUACCGAACAAGCUAUUCUUGGUAAAGUAGAAUCAAGAUUAAGCAUUCUUGAAGAGGGUUCCCUUCAAGCUCACGUCUCUAGGUUAACACGUAGACAAGGAGCUGAAGUUGAUCAACAGCAGCAGCAGCAGCAACAGCAACAACAACAAAGUACAGUCAGAAUUACCUAUGAUAAAGAUCUCUUACUUGUAUUAUAUCGGCAUUGGACCGUAGAAGCUAGUUUAAGACAUUCGAUACCAACUGCAGUAUCAUUACGACUUUGGUCGAUUAGAGGAGAACAACGUCUAAAAGAACUUCUAGCUGAAAUGGGUUUACCUUUAGCACAAUCGAGGCAACGAUUUUCUGCAAUGGAUCUAACGCUUAGACAAGAAUUUAGGCAAAUGGUUGAAAAAUUAGCAGGAAAAUAUAAAGUAGAUACUAUUAUCGGGACAAGUUUUACUCUUCAGUAUGGUUACAGGUUUAAAUACUGUGCAUCAGACAUAGUCUAUGCUAUGCUAGCCUUAAUGGAAUCUUCUUCGAAAGAAAAGUUACCGCAACGUUGUUUUUUAGAUGCAUUAGAUUGUUUAUCACGCACGAAAAAGGGUAUUUUAGAAAGUGGUAUAGAAAAAGCAAAAUUUAUGCUCAAUAAUAUUUUCAAGGCUGCACAAAGUAUUUUACAGAUGAAACAGAUUAGAAGCGCUGGUUCGUUUCUUUACGUAAUUGUCCCUGAAGGAUGUAUUAACAGUCAUAUGUUCACACAUCCAUAUCCGUUAUUGAUAUUAUCUCAGUAUAUUUUAAAGGCUUAUGUGGACUCUUCAAAAAAUAGACGAGCACCAGAAUGGCCACUUGUAGCUUCUUCGAUAUAUAACGAGGAAAUGGGUACAUCUCUCAUGGUGGGUAUACCACCAGUAUGCGAAGACCAACCAAAAAGUUUAUUUGGAAGAGCCUUUGAACAAGCGGCUAAAAAUACAAACUCGUAUAUAGAGGCAGAUUAUUUUGAUACCACAGUAAUAAGACUGAAAACCGAAGAAAGACCGAAAUUUUUAAAUGCUCUGGCAGCUCUCCUAGUGUAAAAAUUUUAAUAAUUAAUAUGACGUAUAAAUAUAAGAAAUCCUUUCCCGAUAUUUAUUUUUUAGGUCGAAUAGUACAAAUAGUGACAAUAAUUUUUAAAUAAUACGACGAAUAAGAUCAAUGUAAUUUUCCUUUAUUUUUUACGACAUACCGUAGGCUUUUUGGUUAACGUGAAUCACACAUAUUUAUUUUAUAACUGACGACACAUAUAGGUUUAAUUGUAUUAUAGACACAUGUAUAAAGCGAAAUUAAUGCGGUUGAAUGAUACGUUUCUUUCCGAUCAUGGAAUGAAAAUAAUUAAAUCAGGUUAAAUAUUAGGUUGUGUAAUAAAUUCUCGCGUUUUUUGUAUUUUAUUAUUUUACCGUAAUUUUGUGUUUUGAUAGGUAAAGUAUAUAUGUACAGAUGUCAAAAGCCUGAAAAUUGAUUAAAGUUACUUAAUUCGAAAAAUUGCGGGAAAAAAAUAAUACAACCUAAUACAAACGUUCAAGAAAGUAACUACGUUGUAAAAAAUAAAUUACUAGAUUGUAAAUGUAUGAUGUAAUUUUUAUAUAAAUAUACUUACAAAAUGAAAAACAAAAGUGUCAAUAAAUUUGUAGUAAUCCAAGAUACCUUUGACGUGGUUCAUUUGACGUUUAUUAAGUAAUACAUUAGAAUAUAUUAACAUGUGCGUGUGUACACUUAAAAAUACAAUUCGCUCAGUUUUCAUUGACUAUGAUAUUAUAAUACAUGUCUUUUGGUUAUUUCCACAAAGGGGUUGUGCGAAUACAAACGCAACAUUGCGCGAGAUCCUUCCUACGAAAGGAGCAAUGGUAUCACAGAGAUAGGAUCGAGAAGAGAGGAUGGGGGCUUCUUUAUUUUGUGGUUGUAUAAUGACCACAUGGAAAACCUAACUGCUCCUUCCUUCGCAUGGUCUGCAAUAAAUUUCUAUCAAAUCGUUCCUCGAAUAAAAAUUCAAGUAGAAACCUGAUCAUUUUUGGUUGGAAUUUUGUGUACCGCAGCUAUUUUGUUCGUAGGUAAUUUGUCGUUACGAAAUCCAUCGACAAACUGUUGUACUGAAUCUACAGUUAUUUCGGCGCCAUCCUCCAUCACGACAUAAACUCCUCGAGGUAUAUCAAUCGCUGUUAAAAGUGGGACAGCAUCGUCUAAACCAACAAAUUCGCGAAGAAUGUCGGACGUUUCACACUGUGAUAAAUAAAAGCAAUGAUGUACCUAUUAAAUACAAAAUAAUCAUAUUACUAUCUACACCUGAAACGGUACUUACAUCUAAUGCUAUAUAAAAUUGUAAAACAUCAUCAGGAUCGUCAUAGUUUGGAUCGUAAUCAGGUCUAUGUUUCCUGUACGCUUGGGCAGCUGGCAUUAAUACACUUUCUGCGAAUUGAAUCUCGCAGUCUUCACCUUC